UACAUAUCAGGUCGUUUUUCCACCGGCUACCGUGCAACAAUCGGUGCAGACUUCAUAACCAAAUCCCUUCCUGACCCAAAAACGCCAACCGAGGUCAUCUCUCUUCAGAUAUGGGAUACCGCAGGCCAAGAACGCUUCUCCUCCCUCUCCUCUGCGUUCUUCCGCGGCGCAGACGCCGUCCUGCUCAUGUUCGACGUCAGCGCACCCGAGACUAUGCACGCGCUCACGAAAUGGUGGGAGGAGUUCAAGCACCGAGCACCGGUUAGCGAUGAAGAGGUUGAUAACUUUUGUUGUGUGGUCGUUGGGAAUAAAAUGGAUCUGUUGCAGCCUGGGAUGGGCGUCACUGCUGAGGAAGCGCAGAAAUUCGUGCAAGAGCUUGUGCCUCUUUCGGAACCUGAACCUGAAUCACAGGUUGCAGAGUGUGUGGAGGGAGAAAUCGUGGUAGACGCUAUUUCAGGAGACGAGGAUGCCAUUCCCGAGCAUGAGCUCGAACUCGGGUCGCACACCGAUCCAUCAUCCUUCCUCACUCCCUCCGCCCGAAUAGACAUCCAAAACCACCGCAAACUCUCAAAAUCACGUUCCCGUUCAAGUACACCCCACGCCAGCACAUCACUAUACGGAACCUUCCGCUCCGGCCUCACCUCUUUCCACACCCCCUCUUCCUCCCUCCUGAUAUAUAUACAAUACAUCAACUACUAUACUACGACGACGACAACCUCUUCGUCUGCGGUUACUAUCACGCCGAGUCUAUUCACGCGGGGCCAACACACAGGCCCAAAGCUCUUCUUCACAUCCGCAAAGACCGGAACGGGUGUAAGCGACGCAUUUGAGUAUAUCGCUUUGCGUGUGGUGAGGAAGUGGGAGUAUGAAGAGGCUGUGGAGGUGAGGACGUUUCAUGUGAGGGAUGAGAGUGAUGUGGAUACGGUUAGGUUGGGGUUGGAGGAUGGGAGGAGGAAGUGGAAGACCCCGGGGUCGUGUUGUGGCAAUAGUGUUGCGCGUAGGAUGUCUCAGCAAAUCAAUAAUGUGGGGUAG